AUGCAGUACCUCGUCGCCCUUGCCGCCCUCGCCGGCGCCGCCGUUGCCCAGAGCGUCGGAAUCUCCGCUCCUCCUUCCAACGCCAAAGUGAGCGCUGGCUCGGACAUAACCGUCAAGGUCUCCAAGCCUAACAGCCUCUCCUCUUCCGAGGAAAUCGGUAUCGCUAUCGCCAUCGGCAACAUCGACAAGGACCCCAGUGAAGUUUUCGGCGACGUCCUCUACCACGGCCCUUACGACCCCGUGUACCACGAGUCAACACAGGCCCCGUACCAGAACUUCACUAUUACUAUUCCAAGUAGUCAGGCAAAGGGGGCUGCUCGCAUCAAUGUUGCCCAUGCUGCCCUCAUCGGAGCUGGCCCUGAGCCAUGGCUUGAGACUGUCACUUCGAACAUUACUAUUGUCUAG